CCAAGGGAAUGAAAAACACCGAGAUGUUUGGCACUCCUGAUCCAUAUUGUAAAUUAACUAUCCGCGGAGCGAAAACACUUGCAAAGACCAAAACUAUCAACGAUUCAUUGUCUCCGGUUUGGAACGAAACUUUCAUCUUGAUAUUGAAUACACUGAGUGAGACCUUGAGCUUUGAGGUAUACGAUUAUAACGAGGUGACUAAAGACAGGUUAAUGGGAAAAGCUGCGUUACCUUUGUCAACAUUCGCCGAGAAUCCAAAACAGGAAGAAGUUUUGGCUCCUCUACUUCGUGAUCAUAAUAAACCAAACGGUGAAGUUAGAUUUGAUGCCAAAUGGUAUCCGGUAAUAGAGGCCACCGAAACAGAACCAGCACCGGAAUCCAACAUUGGUAUAUUGAGGUUCACCGUUCACCAAGCCAAAGACCUCGAUCCCAAACGUUCGUUAGUGGGGCAAUAUAAUCCGUAUGCCGAAGUAUACUUGAACAAGAAGAUUGUCCACACCACCAAGAUCGUCAAGAGGAAUAAUAAUCCUGUUUGGGAG